UAAAACGGUUUUGUUUUUAACAGCCAAAAGAAAGAAAUAUGUUGUGUGGAUGAGCUAACAGGAGGGAAGCAAUUAGAAGAGGAAAGCUACAGAGAAGCAAAGAGAGAGAGAGCUAUCAAUAUCAAUAAUGGUUAUUCUCUCUCCCUCUCUUUCUCUCUUCACAUCCAAUCACUUUCUUGUUCCUCCAAACCUCUUCUUCUUCAGAGAGCACAACAGAACAGUGGUGCACCAGCAGAGCAAAUGCAGACUACUUGAACCAUGCUCAAAACCCUAUUUCCAAAAUGGGUUUUGCAGAAGAGAGUUAUUGCUGUUUGGCCUUUCUUCUCCACUCUUAACAGUUUUGCCAUCUUCAGGGUCCCUUGCAGAAGAAGAUGUGAAAAUGGCUUCGUUUGCUGAUGACAUAAAUUCUUAUUCUUAUCUCUACCCGGUGGAGUUGCAAUCUAAGAAGGUCAUCUUCAAAUGGGUGGAAUCGAGAAAGCCGGAACGCUAUUCCUCAGCUGCUCCAUUAUCUCCUGAUGCACGCCUGCGCAUUGUCUCUGAGCGUGUUGACAUUAUCGAUAAUCUCAUCAUUUCCAUUUCGUUUUGUCUGAUUCAGAUAGGUCCCCCAAAUUCAAAGAUCAUAAAAUCACCGGACAAGAGUACCUGGACUGCAAAAGAUGUUGCUGAUUCUGUUUUGGCUGACAAGUCUGCAUUGCGGGUUACCUCAACUCAGCGAAUGGCUGAGAGUUCAGUUCUUGAUGCACAUACUAGUCAAAUUGAUGGUCAGCCAUAUUGGAAUUUUGAGUACCUUGUCCGCAAAGCACCCACAAAAACUGCUCAAGAAUCUAACAGUUACCGGCACUAUGUGGCUUCAACAACCGAACGAGAUGGUUAUUUGUACUGUAUCAACGCUUCAACUCUCAACAAGCAGUGGAACAUUAUGGGACCUAUCUUGCAAAAGACUGUAGAUUCAUUUCACCUUCUCCCUCCCACAGAAAACUAUGUUCCUCCAUUCAAGGAUCCAUGGAGAUUUUGGUGACUGCAUACUUGGUUUCUUGUCCCACUAGUGCAAAACUUGAGAAAUUUGUAUACCUUUGAACAAAUUUUAGCUCCAAGUUCCGUUAUAUUUGUUUCUUUGGGUUUGUGAAGAAGAUGCAAUAGACAUUCCAUUCUUGAGAGUUUUUGAGAAAUCCCACAUUGACUUAAAAGAGAGCCGAGAGACUAGUUGAGGAGGGAAAUAGAGAUAUGAAAUGCAAGGAAAUCAGAGUUUUCUCUAAGGUAGUAGAAAUCAUUGAUGUAUUGCAAUUGAGACUUAGAACUGUUAAUUUUCUUUCAUUGAUGAUAUAUCGAACUAUGUACAAAGUCAA